AUGGCAAAUAACGGGGCUGCUUGUGCUGAGAGGGCUACGAGUGAUAUGCUGAUUGGUCCUGAUUGGGCUAUCAACAUUGAAUUGUGUGACAUUAUCAACAUGGAUCCUAGUCAAGCAAAAGAAGCAGUGAAGGUGCUCAAGAAACGGCUAGCAAGUAAAAACUCUAAAGUGCAGAUUCUCGCUCUUUAUGCAUUGGAAACUCUGAGUAAGAACUGUGGUGAGAGCGUGUACCAGCUUAUCGUAGACCGUGAUAUCUUACCUGACAUGGUCAAAAUAGUGAAGAAAAAGCCGGACCUGAGUGUAAGAGAGAAGAUACUUAGUUUAUUAGAUGCAUGGCAAGAGGCUUUUGGUGGAAGCGGUGGAAGAUUCCCUCAGUAUUACCAUGCUUAUAAUGAGCUCAGGUCUGCUGGAGUUGAGUUCCCUCCUAGAACCGAGAGCAGUGUACCCUUCUUUACUCCACCUCAGACUCAGCCCAUUAUUGCUCACGCCGCUGCUGCGUCAGAUGAAGAUGCUGCUAUUCAGGCCUCUUUGCAAAGUGAUGACGCUUCUGCACUUAGUGUGGAAGAGAUUCAAAGUGCUCAAGGAUCAGUUGAUAUUUUGAUGGACAUGCUUGGGGCUCUUGAUCCAAGCCAUCCUGAGGGUUUAAAAGAAGAACUUAUAGUUGACUUGGUAGAACAGUGCCGUACUUAUCAAAGACGUGUAAUGACCCUUGUCAACACUACAUCAGAUGAGGAGCUUCUGUGUCAAGGAUUGGCAUUAAACGACAAUUUGCAGCGUGUUCUUCAGCAACAUGAUGAUAAGGCAAAGGGAAGCUUUGUUCCUUCAGCAACAGCUCCCACUGCCCCGCUUGUUAGCAUCAACCAUGACGAUGAUGAUGAGUCAGAUGAUGAUUUUGCUCAGCUAUCUUACAGGUCGAAAAGAGAGACUUCACGAGGGAACUUCAACCCUAUUCUUCCUCCUCCACCACCUACAAUGAGACCAGUACAUGUUGAAUCAGGUGCCAUGGACUUCCUCAGUGGUGAUGUCUACAAACCUCAAGGUACCUCAAGUACUUCUCAUUCAUCAGAUCGAGACUCUUCUGCUCCUGUUUUCGAUGAGCCAGCUCCACCGAGCAAAUCCCCUGAGCAAGCUUUGUUCACCAAACCAGUUUAUGACCAAGAAACAGAACAGUUGCCUCGUGCUCCACCACCAAUGUCUGUUAGAACCAACCCGAGGCAACAAUACUCGCAGGCUAGUCAUGUUCCUCAACAACACUCAAGCGGUGGCUCUGAGUCCUCUUACGAGGAUCUCAUGGGACAGACAAGGAAUCUUUCUCUCAAUCCAACGGCAUCUGCUGCUACACCACCACAACCAAAAAAAGAUGACAAACCAGAGGAUAUCCUUUUCAAAGACCUGGUUGACUUUGCAAGAACCAGGAAGUCACCGUCCUCUUCCUCCAAACCAAACAAUCAGAACAACACACCGUUUUGA